AUGGAGCCCACCAACCAAGUGUUCGAAGAAGACCGCAAGACCAUCGACGAGGACCUCACUACCAUCGACGACGACAUUCUCAUCUACACAGGCGAAAGACGGCAUACGCAGAUGGCAUUGAUGCCAUCGCUGCCCUUGGUGCCACUGCAGCCUGUUAGGACGAAGAAAAGGAAACGUGACUCCGACGGUUCUCCUUCUCCGAGGCCAGAAAAGAAGCGCAGACCGGCUUUUGCAAACCUGCACGAGUUGCUGGUAACCUACCGCGGCCUGCAGGAAUGGGAACGCAAGAUCAGCGAAGAUCUUGCAUACUGCCAGAAGCUGAUAGCCAAGCACCACAGCGGCAGUAUAUUCCAGCCCAAGUAUCGUCCGGGGGCUGAACCGCCUCUCUUCGAAUACGUGCGGUCUCCCUUGUGUGAGAAGAUCGAGGUAGACGCGGAGGAGGAUGCCUGUGUGGAGGACGCCCGUGUGGAGGCACUAAGACAGGCCAGGGAGCGGUGCCUAGAGGGCUACCUGAACGCGGAGGAGGAGCACCGGCAGGCCCUGUUUGAGGACUGCAGAGAAAUGGAAACUGGAGGCAGGGGAUCGGCUCGGAAGGAAGCAAGCGACGAGGGAGACCAGAACCAACCAGAGGGACAUUCCUCGUUUUGGGGGCAUGUGCAACGAUUCUUCUGGAUGAUGUGGUGA